CUAUACAACUGAUAAAUCAGUGUAGGAACACUGUAGUUCACAUACUGACACAACCGGUUGAGUGCCGUCGUUCUGUUUAGUUUCUUGCUUGUGUUUCGGAUUUUGAUUCUAUUUUCAUAAUUGAAAUGAUAUUUGUUAUUGGAAUUUCUGGUUUAACUGGUGCAGGAAAAACGACCGUAGCCACAAGAUUACAUCAAUAUUUAAGUGAUCCAAAAAAUGCAGAUGUAUUUGACGGUGUUCACAUCAACAAAGUGUUGUUAAUUCAUCAAGAUAAAUAUUUUUACGCUCGCGAUAGUCCACACCACAAAUGGAUACCCGAAAUUAAUUUUAUCAAUCGUGAAGUAUUAUCGGCUCUUGAUAUGGAUAAAUUUGCGGCCGAUGUGUGUACAACGGUUCAAAACUUAAAAGUCGCUGACGAAUUUAACGACAUUUCAACAAUAAGUGAAUCCAUCAAAGAGGAAAGAAAGCAAAUCAACAUUCUGAUAAUCGAAGGUUUUCUUAUUUUCAAUGAUGAACGAAUUAAUCAACAUUGUCAAUUGCGUAUUCAUUUAUAUCUGUCGUAUAAUGUUGGCCUCGAGCGUCGAUUAAAACGAAAUUUUAAACACAUCAAUCCAAAACCAGAAUGGUAUUACGAACAUUAUAUUUGGCCCAUGUACCAUCGAUAUCUCAACGAAGUGCCCAACAAAAAUAAUUUGAUUUGUUUGAAUGGUGAAUUAUCUUUUGACGAAGUUUUUUCUCAAACCUAUGAUUCGUUUGCCGAAUUUCUUAGGAAAUAACAUCAUUUUCUCUUCAACCAUUUAAAGUAAGGAUAAGAACAAAUUGUAAAAUUCUCUGUGUAAAAUUCUUAAUAUGGUGUUUGUUGUAUCUCAAAUGUCAGGUAGAAUGUUUCCUAUUUCCAUUGUAUGUAAAAGAUAAACAAUAAGUUGCCGUCGAACAUUUUUUUUACCUGCACAAGAAAACAUCACUACAUUUGCUUAUGUAUUCCCUAUUAAAAAAAAUUUAUUUUCAUAUAUUAUGCUAUUUCCAUAUGAAACUAUCAUAUUCAAAUAAAUAUACCAUUUUAAUAAAGUUGAUGUUUCUCAUUUAAUAUCUUUUCGAAUUGA